GUUCAACCAGUGCAACACCCGUAGACCGCUCCAAAACCCGGCGACAUGGCAAACGCUUACCUGCAGGGAGUUGAGAUUUCAGCAUCACAGUUCCUGGAUAUCUUUCAUCAUUAUGACAAUGAUGGAAAUGGAUAUAUUGAAGGAAAGGAGUUGCAGAACUUUAUUAGAGAACUUCAGCAAGCACGAAAACAAGCAGGACUAGAACUAACAGAGCAGAUGAAGGCCUUUGUGGAGGAGUAUGAGCAGAACGCAGAAGGAAAGAUCGGAAUUGUGGAGCUCGUACAAAUAUUACCCACGGAAGAAAACUUCUUGUUAUUCUUUCGGCAACAACUGAAAUCUUGCACGGAGUUCAUGCAGGCCUGGCGAAAUUACGAUGCUGACCACAGCGGUUACAUUGAAGCUGACGAGCUCAAGAACUUUUUGAAAGAUCUGCUUCAGAAGGCAGAAAAACAGUACGAUGACAAAAAAUUAGAGGAAUAUACGCAGACAACACUCAAAAUAUUUGAUUCCAACCACGACGGCAAGCUCUGCUUGGCGGAAAUGGCAAGGCUGCUGCCGGAUCAGGAGAACUUUCUACUUAAGUUCCAGGGGGUGAAAAUGGCGAGAAAAGAGUUCAACAAGAUUUUUGAGCUAUAUGAUCGGGAUGGGAAUGGCUACAUGGACGAGAAUGAACUGGACGCUCUACUGAAAGACCUGUGUGAGAAAAAUAAGAAGGUGUUAGACAUCAGCAAGACCUCAACGUACAAGAAUGCCAUCAUGGCAUUGUCUGACGGAGGGAAGCUGUACAGAACGGAGCUAGCACUCGUCCUAUGUGCUGACGAUAACUGAGGCCCCUCCCCCUCUGUCUCCCCAACUCCGCCCCCUCCGCUCACUCGUGAAAUGUGUGUAAAGAUAGCUAGAAACUCCAAGGACGUAGGGUGUAUUUAAUUUAAUUUCUUUUUCUUUGAAAUCUGUAAAUUUGACUGACGGCGUGUAGGUACGUAUCGGAGACUGGUGGCUCAUACUUUUCAACCUGUUGUUUCUAUACUGUUUGUAAUGUACAGCUUUUGUAAUGACGAGAUUGAUACAAUAAAAAGGACCUGCACCUUGACCUCUAUAUUAUAUAUUCUGUGAUACAGUACCAUAUCUUUUGCUUCUCUGUGCAUUAAUGAGAAGACAUGCUCCUUAAUACCAGAUCAUCUACUGUAUUUACAAGUUAUAUAAUAUCAACACCAGUAAGAUCAAAUGAAAAUCUACCUGAUGAUAUCGUAGCCAAAGCAAUAAUGUGUUACUAGAAGCUGAUGGAUUGUGAUGUGUUUAAUGGAGUGAAGAAACAGCUGAAGGUUUAUGUGAACUGAAACUAUUUAGCUAAAUUUACUUUUGCAGUGCAUGUUUGUUGCUGAAGGCAAGCCCACUAUGAGGCAUUAUUGACUUUAUAAGCACAUAGCCCAGUAUAUCUCCAAAGUUAACAGACUCUGACAUGUCUCCAAUGAUAACUCAAUGUCCAGCGUAAUAGCAACCUUUUUUGCACUGUAAGGAAUGACGUGCUCCUCUAUGCUGAACACCAGAUUCACUGUGUAACCUGUAAUUAAACACUAUCCGGAUACUACCUAAAACUUUCGCUGUGUGUUGUGGUGUGUUGUCCCCUAUACAGAUCAAA